AUGCCAUCGACAAAGCGAGCCAUUGCCUUGCGACUCAAUCGUGAAGCCUUGGAUUUACUUCAAAACUCACCAGACAAGAUUAAGCUCGACCUAAAUCAGGACAAUGGCACUUCUCUUGUCAUUGGCAACAAGAGGUUCUCAGUGAAACGGCAAGAAGGCCAUAUUCCAUAUCAGCUUUAUCGAGGGUUCGAGGAACUUGGCAGUAGUCAACAUGGCACGACAUCAGUAGAACUUGUAGCCAAUGUGCUGCAGGUGCUCAAUAUGAAACAAGUCUUAUCCAAGGAAGACAAGUCGCGGUUCCGAAGUUUGACCGAAGCUGCAGAGCGAGAAAAGAAUGCGAGACGCACCGAGUUAUUACCCAAUGUCCCCAAAUUAUCAUCAUCCUCUUCGUCAACAAGUUCAUCCCCACGCAAUGUCUUGGUCGGGGCAACACCACCCACCCGACGACCGAUAUCAUCUGCAUCACCCGUUCGCUCUACGUCCAAAUCCAAAUCAUCAUCAUCCUCAGGUCUCUCUCCUGCUCGUCCUGAUCCUGCGUAUGUGGCUUCUGUGCGUGAACGAUUAAUACAUCUAUUGGCCAUCUAUCCACAUCCAUUGAGUCAACUCACGUCCAAGCUCAAGAUACGGGAAUCUGAUUUGAUGCCGAUCCUUAAAAAGGCGGCUGUAGAAUCGCAAGGCAGUUGGUGUCUACGUCCUGAAGUAUACAAAGACUUGAGAAUUUGGGAAUGGAAACGAUACGAUGACAAAGAGCGGAGUAUGGUCAUUAAGAAUGCUGAAGACGCCUAUGAUGCUCUCAAGUUGCCACGCAACGCUCCAGAACGCAACAACCUGGUUACGCCUCGCAAGAAAGCAACCUCAUCUUCUUCAUCGUCUACACCACAAACUGCCAGCCUUUUACAACCACCUCCAUCACAACGUGUCGGUGAUCAACAUGCUUCAUCCACAACACCGACAACACCGAUCAAAUCUCCUGGUAAACGACCCGCAUCAUCCACAAGCACAACAACAACAACCACAGCCAAUGGCAAUCAUAAGCAUGAUGAAAAGCGGAUCAAGACUGAAAAGUCGUCCAAAUCCAAGAAUAGUAGCAGCACCAGCAGUGGAACAACAACAACUACAGCACGACAUUCCCCACAAAAAGCAACCACCUCCACCAAACAUUAUCACAAAUCAUCUUCAUCCAAUCAUCUUCAUCCUCAGCAUACAACACAUUCGGUCAAAGAUUCAACUGUUCCACCACCCUUGGCGCCAUCCCACCCUAAAGGCACAUCGUCUUCGAGCGGGUCGUCUUCAUCCGACACAGAUUCCUUUUAUGAGGAAGAGCAACAGGUCGUCCCUGAUUACGAGCAUCCAUUUGUUGUGAGUCCAAUCACCACCCAAGCUCAGUUUUUAGCCAUGUGCAAGAGUCACGACGAAGCACAGGCAGAGUACAUUCAACUGAAACGUAGAAUCAGCAAAGAUCAUCCCCAUUACUUGUACGCUUUGGAUCAUGUCGAAGCACCAAGAGAUAUCAAAGACGAAGCACAACGAAGAGACAUGUACUAUACAAAGGUCAAGGCUGUCUACCGCUCUCAAGGAGGCAAUGAUUGGCGUACGGUCAUGCAACUCACACGACAAUUCAAUCAUCAAUUGAGCAAGGUCAAUGCCCUGUGGAACGAAGUCGAACGUGCAUUCCAUGAACAUCAAUUUGCUUUACCCACUAAACGAUAA